GGACUCCGCUUCUCAGCCCUGCUUCAGUCUCCAGCCAGUUGUUCCUACCUCAUCUCCAUUUGCCCCUGGACUUCCUCAGCCUGUUUUGCCCUCGUAUUCAGUUCCCCCAUCUUGUGAAUACCCCUCCUUAGUUUAGUUUUGUAAAUUCCGUUUAGUUUUGGUAGACUUCCGUUUUUUUAUUUAUAGUGUUUAUUGUCGAGUUUUGAUUUGUUUGGUUUAGUUCUGGGGUCCGUUUCACGAAGCAGGUUUAGUGAAAACCCUGAGUUUGUUAACCCUGAAAUGAGGGAAACUCGGAGUUUUCCGUUUCACAAAGGGAGGUAACUCAAACCAGAGACAGAGGGGUAACUCUAGCCUGUUUCACAAAGAGAGGUAACUUAAACUCUCGGUCAGUUACCGUAGUAACAGACUCUAUGACUCUAACCUGGUCGGGACCAGGUUUUUCUCAGUAAACCUCGAGUUUCUCUCUGUCUCCACCCUCUUUCGGUCACACACGCUAUUUCAUUUCCUCGUUCAUUCAGUCAUCAGGCGAGUUUUGGCGAAGCCUAGUUCUGCCGUGUGUCAAAAUGACGUCCGUUUAUUAACGAUCCACUGGAUGAAGGAGCAGCAUUACUGCACAGAGAAUUAAAUCUUCGUCAGGAGAUUAUCAGACCGCGCGUAGAUGUUUUCCCAUUUCCGGACAAUUAUCUUUUAGAGCGGUACCGUCUCACGUCACAGUCCAUAAUCUACAUACACAACCUAAUCCGUCCUUACAUUUGCAACUUUACCAACCGCAGUCAUGCUUUAACAUCCCAUCAGAUAUUGUGUGUUGCGCUGCGGUUCUUUGCAAAUGGAAGUUUUUUUAUACAACGUUGGAGAUGCAGAGCACCUCAGUAAGACAACUGUAUGCAGAGCGGUCAGAAAAGUGUGUCUGGCCCUGCGACUUUUACCAUCUUUGUAGUUUUCCCUGGACACAAACCUGUAAGAGCCAUCAAGGAGGAGUUCCACAGGAUUGCAGGAUUUCCCAGUGUGAUUGGCUGCAUAGAUGGAACACACAUCCCCAUCACAGCUCCCUCACAUAAUGAAGCUGAUUAUGUGAACAGGAAGUCCAUUCACAGUAUAAAUGUGCAGCUCAUAUGCGAUGCUGCAUACAUCAUUUCUAAUGUGGAGGCCAAGUGGUCUGGGUCUGUUCAUGAUUGGAGGAUUUAUCAUGAGUCUAACCUGAGCAACAGACUGCAACGUGGAGAGUUUGAUGGCCUUCUGCUGGGUGACAGGGGUUACCAUGCCAACCCAGGCUGAUGACCUCAUACCCAGACCCUGAACCAGGCCCCCAACAGAACUUCAACCAGGAGAUGACCGUAGGCCUGCUGAAAGCCCGUUUCCAGUGUCUACAUCAGCUCAGGGUGACUCCUGAGAGGCCUGUGAUAUUAUUGUGGCAUGUGUUGUUCUUCAUAAUAUUACCACUAUUAGAGGAGAGCAACACUCUGCCCUACAAACUGAAGACCCAGAUGAUGACUCCAUCCACCUGCCAGCUAUCCAGGACAGCAGAGCAGUCAGAGACACCAUAUGCAAUAAUCACUUUAGAGUUUAAGUCUCCAUCAUCACCACCACAGCAGUGAAAUAAACACAUGACAUACA